AUGGUUUUUAAAUCCCCCUCUUGGGUGCCAAGUCUGCCGUGUCCGAUUCCAGAUGACCUCCCCGUUGGAGACUUUGUGCUAAGUGGCUAUCAAAGUCUUCGAUCAGAGAAGUCCCGAGAGAGCUCGCUCAUUUGCGGAAUCACGGGGAAACAAUACUCAAUACAAACCAUCAGUGGACAAGUAGACCUAGUUGCACGGAGCCUAAGCAAUGAGCUUGGAUGGAAGCCUAAUGAGGGUGAAUCAUGGGACAAAGUCCUUGCAAUCUACAGUUUCAACUCCGUUGAAUAUCUUAUAUUAUGCUGGGCUGUCCAUCGUCUGAACGGCAUCGUCUUAACAAUCCACACUGGAAGCUCGACCAAAGAGAUUGAGUCGCAUUUGACUCGCUCCAAAUGCAAGGCCAUUUUCGUGUCCCCAAGUCUACACAAGACAUGUAUCGAAGUCACGAAUCUACUGGGCAUUUCACAAGAGUGUGUCUACACGAUCGCAGUUCCCGGCGAGCUUGUGAGCUCUGUGGACGGUCACAAAAGUUUUGAGCAGCUUCUCGCAGCUGGUUCUGAUCUUGCACCCAUGGAGCCACUCAAAUGGGAGAAGGGACAGGGAAAAGAACAGGCCGCUUACUUGGCCGCUACGAGCGGCACAUCUGGCUUACAGAAAUUGGCCAAAAUUGGACAUUACAAUAUCAUCGCCAAUAUUCUUCAGACGGCAACCUACGACAGCGGGUUUACUCCCAACCAACCGGAGAGUGGAAUUCUGUUCCUCCCAUUGAGCCACACGUACGCACUUGAAGUUUCGCAUAUGAUGUUAUGGCGAGGAGAUGCCAUUGUUCUUCAACCUAACUUCGACAUGAUGAAGAUGUUGAAAGCAGUUAGCACAUUCAAACUCGAGCGAUUAUAUCUUGUUCCAGCGAUUAUUGCUGCCUUGAUCAAAAAUCCGUUCUUAUUCCAGAUGUUUGACGUUUCAUCAGUGAAGACGAUCAUUUCUGGAUCUGCACCAUUUGACAGGAAUCUCGGUGAAAUGGUAAAAAAUGUCAAACCAGACUGGAAGAUCCUUACUGGUUACGGUCUCACUGAGAGUUCCAUCAUUGCAACAUUUACAAGUGCCCACGAUCAAAUGUUUGGGUCAUCAGGUUCAUUACUGCCAGAAGUCCAACUCAGGCUUAUCGAUGAAGAUGGCGCCGAUAUUGAUGUACAUGAAAAGGCCGGCGAAGUGCUUUUAAAAGGACCAAACAUUAUAUCCGGGUAUCUGAGCGAUUCCGAAGCGAGUGCAACCCUAAUUGACUCAGAGGGCUGGCUCCAUACUGGAGAUGUUGGUCUUAUCAGGCUAUCACCCCAGCAGAACGAACAUUUAGUCAUUGUUGAUCGCCUGCGAGACAUGAUCAAAGUAAAGGGUAUGCAAGUUUCUCCCGCCGAUAUCGAAGCUGCACUUCUCCUACAUCCAGCAGUACGUGACGUUGCUGUCAUUGGAAUCAAGGAUGAACUUUCCGGGGAGCGUGCAAAGGCUUUUAUCGUCAGGUUCCCGGACGUCAUGAAGGAUUCAUCCGAGGAGCAGCUGAAAGAGUCAAUAAGAGAGCAUGUAGAAAAGAACCUCAGUGAGCUGCAUUGGUUGCACGACAGGAUUACAUUUCUUGCCGAAAUCCCUAAGAACCAGAGUGGAAAAAUUCUCAAAGUCAAGCUGAGGGCAAUGGAACGUGGCGAGUAG